AUGGCGGACAUCGAGGAGCGGCGGAGUCUGCUAGGUGGGGAGGGGGAUGACGGCUCUCCCUCCGGCGGGCCGGCGGACCGGGCCCCCGGCAGACCGAUGCCCGCGAUCUGUGACCCCGCUCACCUCCUGCACCGGGUGGUCGUCCUGGGGUUCAUGUGCUUCCUGGGAUUCGGAAGCUACUUCUGUUAUGACAACCCUGCUGCUCUUCAAACUCAAGUCCUUCAGGAUCUGAAUCUGAACACUGCAGAGUUCAUGCAGCUGUACGCCUGGUACUCCUGGCCCAAUGUGAUCCUCUGCUUCUUCGGGGGCUUCCUGCUGGACAGGGUCUUCGGCAUUAGACUGGGAACCAUCAUCUUUUCCCUCUUUGUCUGUGUUGGACAGGUCAUAUUUGCUACUGGAGCUUUGCUGAACCGCUACUGGUUGAUGGAAUGUGGACGUUUUGUAUUUGGUAUCGGAGGAGAGUCCUUGGCUGUGGCCCAGAACACUUACGCAGUCAACUGGUUCAAAGGGAAGGAGCUUAACCUGGUGUUCGGCCUUCAGCUAAGCAUGGCUCGACUGGGCAGCACAGUGAACAUGAACAUCAUGGGCUGGGUGUACAGCAGAGUCGCAGACCUUGUGGGCUCUCCUGGAUACACCGCACUGGGGGGUUCACUCAUGAUAGCUGGUGUAACCUGCCUGUUUUCACUGGGCUGUGCCCUGGUGUUGGGGUUCCUCGACAGAAGAGCAGAGAGGAUACUCAACAAGGAACAAGGCAAAGCAGGUGAGGUGAUCCAGCUGACAGACGUGAAAGAUUUCCCCUUCCCCCUGUGGCUCAUCUUCCUCAUCUGUGUGUGCUACUACGUCGCUAUUUUCCCCUUUAUUGGACUUGGACAGGUGUUCUUCAUUGAAAAAUUCAACUUCUCCCCGGCUGAAGCCAGAGCUGUCAACAGUAUUGUGUACAUCAUCUCAGCCCCCGCAUCUCCGAUUCUGGGCUUCAUGGUGGAUAGGACGGGGAGGAAUGUGAUUUGGGUGAUCACUGCCGUGGCCGCCACACUCGCCGCUCACAUGAUGCUGGCCUUCACCUUCUGGAACCCAUGGAUCGCCAUGUCCCUGCUGGGUGUCUCCUACUCCUUACUGGCCUGUGCACUGUGGCCCAUGGUGGCUUUUGUGGUGCCCGAGCAUCAGCUGGGGACGGCCUAUGGCUUUAUGCAGUCGAUCCAGAACCUAGGCCUCGCGCUCAUCGCCAUGGCAGCAGGAGCCAUCCUGGACAACAAAGGCUACCUGGUUUUGGAAGUGUUUUUCUGCGCCUGUAUUUGCCUGGCCCUGAUGGCGAGCGUUAUGCUGUACUUUGUGGAUUAUCAAAGAGGAGGAGGUUUGAACCAAUCGGCUGCAGCCCGGGCCAAACUCCAGAAAGAGGCCACUUCAGACGCAGAGAUUAGAAGACGGCCCAGUAAGCUGACAGAGGGGGGGCUGGCUAGAUUAGCACCCAUGUCUGCUUUUGGCCUACGCAACCGCUACCUGUCCAGACUGGGAGCUCAGCUCCCAGAUCCCCGCUCCAUCCAUCUGUCUUCACUGGCCCACAGGAGUGUUCUGAAAUGAUGCCCUUCAUUCAUC